CAUAGACAAAGACACGUGAGAGGGACGCCCAAGCAGACAUGCUCGACUCCGGAUCACAAUGGAGAUGCGUAGGUCCUAGUUCCAAUGAUAUGGGUCGCGGCCAAAUCUCGACUCUUUCGUUGAGGACUCCUGAUUCCUAGAACAUCCCCGCCGGAGCAUGAUAACAACAUGGUUGAUGAUAACCCUUAGUGGCUGCGGUGUACAUGGGACAGAGACAUAAUACGAGGCAACACGGCAACCCUACAAACCUCACUUAUCACUAUUGUAUCGGGAUUCAUUCUUUUUCCGCCUUUCCCUGCUCGAGAUGGGAUUCACGAGGAUAUACUAUGUAUCUAGAUGUAUACCAUACCGUGCGCCGAGAUCCCUUCCAUCAAGCCUCCCCGGAGUGAGGAGUGGGCUCCGGUGACCAAAAGAAAAAGUCAUGGCAUGGUCUUUCAUCCUCCAUCUCCAUUCAGUGACCUACACCGGAGCGUCGAACCUUUCUUUCCGACGGGUCGGUCAUCAUGAGGCUUUGGAUGACGGGGCGGUGGAUGACAUGAAACGCUCAUUCCCGCGACUCCUAUGGGUGUGUGCAGAAACAAAGGGACAGACGAACCGUUUUUCUGGUGGUGGCGGGAAUCCGCCGAAGCCCAAAUUCCGUGAUCUGGCAGUUCUUUGGUUUGAUGAUUUUCAUGCAUCGUUGGGAACACGAAACGUCUUUGAUCGUUUUCUCGCCGUACCGCGGGAACGACUCAUUUCUUGGGAGGAAUUUUUCCGUUCUGGCGCUGGGUUCGGUUCGGUUGGUUUGCUGCAUGUCGGUGACGAGCGGGUUCCGUCCUCGUUUCAUGAGACAGAUGCGCGCGCUUGUUUGUUUGUUGAAUUGCGUGAACGGGCAGUUUGAUCGAUUUCGAGUUUACUGUUUCAAUCAUAGGGACGUGCGGGUGUAAUAUCUACUCUGGCACGGAAGGGUAAAAGAGAACGACGAGAACCAACCAGGAUCUGUG